CGGAAGAUCGUAUGUCCACGCACACGUCACGAGUGAAUUUAUCGGAAAAUCGUACGGAAGAGAUGAUAUACGACACGAUUUUACGACCUGCCGAUUUCCGAAGCAAUCGCACGAAGUUCCGCGCCAAAAACAUGGAGUCAGAGGAAGAGAUUGCUUUUUUUGUGGCAGCAAUGGCUAGCGAGAGAAUAAAAAAGAAAAGAAAAAGUAGGGCAUGGCAAAGAGUUUGGCUGAGGAGCAGAGAAAAGAAUGGACUUUCUAUUCUUCAAAAACAGCUUGAGAUCAAUGACGUGACAGGCUUCAGGGAGAUGUUACGGGUAACUGUAGAUGAGUUUUAUGAGUUACUGGCCAUAGUUGAGCCUUUGAUCACCAAAACAGACACAGUCAUGAGAAGGAGCAUCAGUGCCAAAGAGAGGCUGUCAGUGACAUUAAGGUUUCUGGCCACAGGUGAGUCUUUUAAGUCACUUGGCUUUCAGUUUCGCAUGGGAAGCACAACCAUUGGCAAAAUUGUGGAAGAAACUUGUGAAGUCCUACACCAUACUUUGAAGGAGGAUUAUUUGAAGACACCAACUUCUGAAGAACAGUGGCGGAAAAUUGCUGAACAGUUUGACAUGAAGUGGCAAUUUCCUCAUUGCCUUGGGGCAAUAGAUGGGAAACAUAUCUUCAUUCAACCCCCAGCCAAUAGCGGCAGCACAUUCUACAACUACAAGUCCAGGUUUUCUAUUCUGUUGAUGGCUGUAGUGGAUGCCAAUUACAGAUUUAUCUACACAAAUGUGGGAGUUCAAGGCAGAGUUUCAGACGCAGGUUUAUUUGCACAGUCUGAUUUGCGAGCUGCCUUGGAUGACAGAAAAUUAAACCUUCCUCCUGCUGAGGCUCUACCAAACACCAACAUCAUCAUGCCAUAUUGUUUUGUGGGAGAUGAAGCUUACCCACUGAGAAAUGACCUGCUGAAGCCUUACCCCCACAGACGAUUACAGCCUGAAGAACGCAUUUUCAACUAUAGGCUAUCCCGUGCAAGACGUGUUGUAGAAAAUGCUUUUGGAAUUCUAGCAAACCGCCUCAGGGUGUUCCGCACAACCAUCUGCCUUAAUCCUGACAAAGCAGUUACUGUCACUUUGGCUGCACUGUGCCUUCACAAUUUCUUACGUCACAAGCAAUCAGAUGCCUACCUUCCACCUGGAUACACUGACUGGGAGGAUGAGAACCAUCAGCUCCACGAUGGGACAUGGAGACAAGAGAGAAUCCUGCAGUCAGUUAACAUGGGAGGAGGGAGAAAUCCAACAAUAGCUGCCAAAGAGCAACGUGACCAUCUUAAAGAAUACUUUCUCUCCCCAUCUGGCUGUGUACCAUGGCAAGAUCAGUAUGUGUAAUGGAUAAACUAAAAAAAAACAACACCACUUCAUUGUCUAUGUUUUCAUUAUUAUUUUUUAUUUUCUUGUUAUUACCAGCAUUUUAUUAACAACAUGUUCUAUAAGAUGUCAAACAUUUUGAGCG